AUGAGCUUCAGCAUGGACGACUCGCAGAACACGGCAUCGGGCGGCCAGGCAGGCGCCAAGCUGGGCGCCAAGAAGGGCCCCGACUCGCAGAGCGUCAAGAGGUUGCAGACGGAGCUUAUGCAGCUCAUGACCUCGCCCGCACCUGGCGUCUCGGCCUUUCCGUCGGCCGACGGCAACCUGCUCUCGUGGCGGGCCACCAUCGAAGGCCCCGACGACACCCCUUAUGCCGGCCUCACCUUUAAGCUGACCUUUGCCUUCCCGGCCAACUACCCGUACUCGCCGCCAACCGUGCUCUUCAAGACGCCCAUCUACCACCCCAACGUCGACUUCUCCGGCCGCAUCUGCCUCGACAUCCUCAAGGACAAGUGGACGCCGGCCUACAACAUCCAGACCGUCCUACUGAGCCUUCAGAGUCUUCUGGGCGAGCCCAACAAUGCCUCGCCCCUCAACGGCGAAGCCGCCGAGCUGUGGGACAAUGACCACGACGAGUUCAAGCGCAAGGUCCUGGGCCGUCACCGCGACGUCGACGACGAGUAA